AUGGAUAUCAGAAUUUCUGAGAUUAAACAAAGAGAAAAAAUCCGAACUAUUGAUAUGGAUGAGUCAAUAGGAGAGUGGAAAGAUAGAAUAUGGGAUGAUUAUUUGGAGUAUAAAGAAAAACCCUACUUGCCUUUGGCAUAUAAAAAUUUUUUACUCGUGUGGAAAAAAAAUUUUGUAAGUAACGAAAAGGUAUCAAAAAUGCCAAACAUAAUGAAUAAUUGCACAUCAGUUAGUAAAGUUGACGAUGGAGAUGUUGAUGAUAAGGAAAUUCCUGAAUGUAUAUAUCAUAAUAUAAUGGUUGGACAUCAAAGCAUUUGUGAACCC